AUGUUUGAUGCAAAACCUGCUUCAGUGCCUUUGGCUGCCCAUUUUGUGUUGAAUAAAGAGCAGUGCCCUCAAACUAAAUCUGAUAUUGAUGCUAUGAAGAAAGUUCCUUAUGCAAUUGCAAUUGGUUCUGUGAUGUAUUUGAUGGUGAGUAGUAGGCCUGGACCUGUGCAUUGGAAAGCUUUGAAAUGGCUUCUGAGAUAUUUGAAACAUACUUCUAAGUAUGGUCUGUGUGAUUCUAAGUGUGAUGAAGGUGUUACCCUAACUGGUUUUGUGGAUUCUAACUAUGCAAAUGAUAGGGAUAAGAGGAAGUCAACAACCUCAUAUGUGUUUACUGUUUGCAAAUCUUGUAUUAGUUGGAAGUCUCAAUUGCAGCAUAUAGUGGCCUUGUCCACUACUGAGUCAGAGUACAUUGCUAUCACAGAAGCAAUGACAGAGGCAGUUUGGUUAAAGGAAGUUUUCUCUGAACUUAAGAUAGGUGCAUGUCCCAGGGAAAAGACCUCAGUCAUCUUACCUGCAGUGGUAAGGCUGGUAGGUGGCUUGAGGCAGAAAGCCCUCCUAGACAAAUGGGUUUCACCCUCUGGUCUCUGGAGGCAACCUGGUGGUUCCCAAAAUGCCAGUGAGCUUUUGUUCUUUGGGGCUGAGGGGCUACCUUGUAGGCUGUGA